AUGGCUAGUCCUCCUGUUCUAGCUUUCGACGCCGAGGGCCGUCCGGUCAAAUUCGAAACCUGGCUAGAUGAUCUGCACCUUUUCCUACAGCUCACUGCCAAGGAAGAUAUUACACUGUACGACCACGCUCUCGGCCAUGCGACCGCCCCACUCGCUACUGCCCCCCCAACUGAGCGCUCACAGUGGCAGACCCGUGACGCGCACGCUCGCUUUGCUAUUCGCAACUCCCUGCCGCUAGAUGAGCGCGAGCACUUCGGCCAGUGCAAGACUGCUAAGGACCUCUACACAGCUGUAGUGGCCCGCUACUCCUCACCCGCUUCUGCCACACUAGGCCGCCUCACUCUCCCCUACCUGUUCCCCGACCUAGCCUCUUUUCACACUGUCGCAGACCUCAUCACCCACCUUAAGACUAGUGAGGCUCGCUUUCGCGCUGCCAUGCCUGAUGAGUUCCUCGCUAGCAACCCCCCCCCGCUCUGGAUCACUCUCUACCACGUUGUCACCCGCCUCCCUGACUCUCUGCGCCCUGUCAGGGACCAGUUCCUCUCUCGCUCCCCCACUGAGCUCACCAUAGCCCUCCUCGAGAAGGAACUGCUUGCAGCCGAGGCUAGUAUCGUCGCUGUAGGCACCUCUCGUGGCGACCCCCGCGGCCCCUUCUUCGAGGGGUGCUCCCCUUCCCCCCUCCUCCCCUCUGUCGCCUCUGCUGCUGCUGUCGACCUCCUUGGUGCUGAGAAGGUCGGGGCUGCGUCUGCUUCAGGCGGACGACGCAGGGGCAGGAGUGGCAGGAGUGGGGGUGGUGGCGGAGGAGGCGGGGGUGGAGGUGGUGGCGGUGGAGGUGCGACUGGAGAGGCUAGUGGCGGCGGUGGUGGAGGUGACAGCGGUGUUGGGAGUGGUGACAGGGGCGGAGGUGGCAGCGGAGGCGGAGGUGGUCGUGGCAGCGGCAGGGGUGGAGGUGGCCGGGGCGGAGGCGGAGGGGGUGGUGGUCGUGGAGGCCCGGCGGGCGGUCAGAGUCAGCAGCCUGCCCCGACCCUUCAGGCCGCCCGUGAGUGGUAUGCGCGGCGCAGCGUCACCUGCCAGUACGUUAUUCGUACAGGUGACCGCACUGGCCAGACGUGUGGGGGGCCGCACCAGACGGAGCGCUGCUUCGCCCGCCUCAACGAUGCGUGGCGCACUCAGUUUCCUGGUGGGGGUGAGCUGCCGCGCUGGGCUGAUCUGCUCAGGAAGGGUGUUGAUAUUUGGGCACUUGACUUUGAUGCUAUUCUCACUGCCAUCCUCUAG